AAUUGAGCUGAAGGCGCUGAUACCCAGCAGGAGCGCUGCUACGAGCGUUAGAUCAGCUGUGAGGGCGCAGGAUAUUCCCAGCCGGCUGCGCUAUGAGACCGGGCGCUUUAGCGCUGCUGUGGGCGGCUGCUUGGGGCUGCGCGCUUUGCGCUCUGUGCGGGAAUGCCGAAAAGAACGUAUGGAGCAGGUUUGCGCAGCUCCCUUUCCCCCAGGAUAACCUGUUCCUCUAUGGCACCUUCCCCCCGAACUUCAUGUGGUCUGUAGGGACAGCCGCUUACCAGGUGGAGGGAGGCUGGGAACAGAAUGGCAAAGCCCCUUCUAUCUGGGAUACUUUCUGCCACAAGAGCGGGCAAUUAGAUGCCACUGGGGAUGUGGCAAGUGACAGUUACAACAACCUCUUCAGGGACACAGAAGCUCUGAAAAGCCUGGGAGUCACUCACUACAGGUUCUCCAUCUCUUGGCCGAGGCUCUUUCCAAAUGGCACCGAAUCAGCUCCAAACGAAGCUGGACUUUCCUAUUAUCGGAAUCUGAUUCUCAGGCUGAAGGAGCUCAGGAUCGAGCCGGUAGUCACUCUGUACCACUGGGAUUUGCCACAGAGGCUGCAAGAUGUCUAUGGUGGCUGGGUCAGUGAGUCCAUGGUGGGCAUCUUCAGAGACUAUGCUGAGGCUUGCUUUAGGCUUCUGGGGGAUGAAGUGAAGUAUUGGAUCACUAUUGACAAUCCCUAUGUGGUGGCAUGGCAGGGCUACGCUACUGGCAAAGUGCCACCUGGCAUCAAAGGCGACAAAGUGAUGGGUUAUAGAGCUGGGCACAAUAUUAUAAAGGCUCACGCUGCAGUUUGGCACCUCUACGAUAAGAAAUUCCGUCCACAGCAAGGCGGUCAGAUUUCCAUAGCCCUCGCUUCUCACUGGAUAAACCCUGUCAAUAUGACAAGUCAUGAUAUUGGGGACUGCCAGAAGUCUCUAGACUUUGCCUUGGGAUGGUUCGCCAAACCAAUAUUCAUAGAUGGGGACUACCCUCAAACUAUGAAAAACAAUCUUUCUUCCCUCCUCCCAGAAUUUUCAGACCAGGAGAAGAAGUUGAAUAAAGGCACCGCCGACUUCUUUUCUCUCUCUUUUGGGCCUAAUCUGAGUUUCCAAAUGUUAGACCCGGAUAUGAAGUUUCGGCAAGUGGAAUCCACGAGCCUGCGGAAAAUCCUGUACUGGAUAAAUGAGCAGUACAACAAACCAAGGAUCUUUAUUGUGGAAAAUAGCUGGUUUCUCUCUGGGAACACUAAAAGGGAGGAUGCAAAGUAUAUGUAUUAUCUGAAGAAAUUUGUCAUGGAAACGUUAAAAGCAAUUAAAUAUGAUGGAGUUAAAGUUAUUGGUUACACAGCUUGGUCCCUGAUGGAUGGAUUUGAGUGGCUCAGAGAAUAUACCAUAAGGCGUGGACUGUUCUAUGUAGAUUUCACCAGUCAUAACAAGAAGUUGAUGCCCAAAUCCUCAGCACUGUUUUAUCAGCAGCUUAUUAAGAUGAAUGGAUUUCCCCCUCUGCCAGAGAACCAACCAGUGGAAGGAACAUUUCCAUGUGAUUUUGCUUGGGGCACCUCAGCCUACAGAAUCCAUAUAGAUACCACUCCCUCCCAGUUUAAUGAUCCUAAUGUGUAUGUAUGGGACAUGAACAAAACAAAAGGCCUCACUAAAGUGGAAGGAAUUACAGUGCCGAAGAGGAAAACUCAAUGUGUUGACUUUGCUUCUAUAAGGCAACAAAUCUCUAUGCUCCGUGAGAUACAUAUCACUCAUUUCUACUUUGCACUAAAGUGGGCGGCAAUCCUUCCUCUUGGAAACCUGAGUCUAAUUCACCACAAGGUCUUGCACUACUAUCAGUGCUUUGUGAGUGAGUUGGUUCGGGUGAAUAUCACUCCAGUAGUGGCCCUGUGGCAGCCUCUCGCUGAGAACCAAGGCCUACCCAUUGACUUGGCUAAAAAUGGAGGAUGGGUGAACUACCACACUGUCAGUGCCUUUGUUGAGUAUGCAAGACUUUGCUUUAAAGAACUUGGCAAUUACGUGGGCAUGUGGAUAACCAUGAAUGAACCCUCUAUGAGAAAUCUCACCUAUGCUGCCGGCCAUAACCUUCUAAAAGCCCAUGCACUAGCCUGGCAUCUGUACGACAGAGACUUCAGGAAAGCACAGAAAGGGCAAAUAUCUAUUGCUGUCCAAGCGGAUUGGGUGGAACCAGCAUCCCCUUUCUCUAAGAACGAUAAAGAGACCAGCAGAAGGAUUUUGGAAUUUGAAAUUGGCCGUUUGUCCGACCCCAUUUUUCUCAGUGGAGAUUACCCAAAAGUGAUGCGGGAUUGGCUGGCGCCAAGAAACAACCUUGAUGUGUUUGAGUUUUAUUUGCCUUCAUUUACCGAGGAGGAAAAAAAUUUGAUUCAAGGGACUUUUGAUUUUUUUGCUUUGAGCCAUUUCACCACCGAACUUGUCCAGUGGGAGAAAGAAGAUGUGGCCAAGUACGAUCACAGACUGGAAGUUCAGUUUAUCACAGACAGCACAUGGGUGCACUCCCCUAACAAAUACGCUGUCGUUCCUUGGGGGUUACGGAAAGUUUUGAACUGGGUUAAAUCCAAAUAUGGCGACGUUCCAAUUUACAUCUUAGCAAAUGGCAUUGAUGACGCUCACAGUCCCAUGCAAGAUAAGCUGAGAGUGUAUUACUUGCAGAACUACAUUAAUGAGGCUUUGAAAGCAAUCCUCCAUGAUGGCGUCAACCUACGUGGAUAUUUUGCUUAUUCCUUUAAUGACAGAAUGGACCCUAGAUAUGGCCUGUACGCUUACGCUGCCAAUCGCUUCGCUCCUAAGCUGUCCAUGAAACAUUAUCAAGAAAUCAUAGACAAUAACGGUUUCCCAAACCCCGAGAUGCCAGCCGUCUCGUGCCCCGUGGAGCUGGUCCCAUGUUCAGACUGCCACUUCUUUCAAACCAGAAAAUAUCUGCUGGCAUUUGUAGCUUUUAUAUUUAUUGUUCUAAUUGUGUCUGUUUUUAUGAUCACGUAUUAUUCAAGAAAAGGUAAAAGGCGAUACAAGUAGUGACCCUGUUUCAGAUGUGACACACGCAUUUCGCACAAUCACAUGUAAUUGUCCUUUUUGCUGAAGGAAGGGCAAGCAAAAUAAUGGUUCAUCCUUUUGGUACCAGAUUCAUUAUGCAUCACAAUCUUCUGCUGGCUGGCCUGGCCUCCAGUGGGAUCAACCAGAGCCCCUUUUGCACUGCCGGAUACUGUGAACCAUUGUGUAGGAGAGUUAUAUGCUGGGGGGGCCAUGAGCUGCUUUGUAGAAAUCUAUUUUUUUUAAUUCCCUUGUAAUGUCUAGAACUUUUAUAUGGAAACCUCUUGCACUAUUUAAUCAAAGCAUUUGAUUGGAUCAGACUGAAUGACAGUGGUAGGGAAAUACACAGUAAAUGGCAGCUUUCAUUAACAUGUAACCGUCACAAAUCGCCAACAUUUUUAGUAAGUAAACAUGAAGCAUAGUACAUACUGAAGGAUUUCCUCUGUACCCAGUACAAAAGGCAAUAAGACUGAAGUGCCAACAAGUUAAGAUUUUAUCACUGUCACAUAUGUUGCAGUGGGUUGGGUACCCCUGGGUAGGAUAUUCAGAUGCAGCUAUUGACGUGGGUUGAAUUGUGGGCCUUAUCUAUUUUUCUUAUAUUAUCUUACCUAUAUUAUCUAUAUUUUACUCCUUUAAAACUUUUUUCUACCCCCACCCACUUUAGUUUGCCACAACAGCACUUUCUAUUUAAUGGUGGUCAGUGGGUCGCAGAUCAUGUUGCAAAUAAAGCAGCUAUGGGCCAAAGCAAGUAAAAAUUCAGGUUGUGGGCCACGGGUCUGGGUCCGGUUUGUGCCUCAAAAAUUGGUUCUGUGCAGGACUCUAACCUAUGGCAAAUCCAAAUCCCAGGGGGAGGAUCGGGAGCCUAUAACAGUCACCUAUGGACUCGGGCCUGGCCCUCAGCUACUCCGUGCCACCAGGACAUACCGCAUGAGAAUCCAGUGACUGGGGCAAGUGAGGGAGCUAAACAUAAGGAGCUGGUAAGGACAGAACUAGACUAGUCAGAGAGGCCAGGUCAGUACAAGGGAACCAGGAACCACAAAACAGCAACAGGAAUCAGAGCACCCAGGAACAAGCAAGCUUGACAUACAAUGGGCAGAGAGUGAGUACAGAACAGGGGGUUAUAUAGGCAGGCUGAUGGUCAAGCUCCUGUGGACAGAUUAAUAACAGCUGAACAAGCAGUGCCUACCCAAAACCUCAAAGACACUAAAGCAGCAAACCAGGGCUUUAGCCGUCUGCCUAUACUGAACAUAGUAGUCUAUAGAGGUAUAGCCAGGGGCUUUCUGGGGGUCUAUGCCACGGCCUUUUGGAUGCAAUUGCGCUUUCUGCACUAGCAGAGCCAAAAUUCUGAUUUAAAAAUCUGAAUUUCGACUCUUUAAGUUACCAGGAGCGGCUUUUUGCCACGCUUGGUAACUUGCGGGCUGCUACAACCUGAGGCGAGUUUCUCAACCCCCGCGUAUAGCAGUCUGUACUGCAGGAAGCUACAAUCACCUGGUGAGGGGGUUGUGAUUCUUAUUGACUCACCUCGCCUAAUACCCAACCUGGCACAGAGCCCAAGGCCUAGAGGCCUAGCAACUUCAGCUGACUCUUAUGGCUUUGUAUAUAGAGGGUUGCCACCUUACAAUUGUUUCGGCUUUCUUCCCUAUUGAUAACAUAGGCGUCAAGCAUAAUUUUUACCCCACCAGGCAGAUAUGCAGGCUCACAUACUAAGGUCACCGCCCAAGACUGUAAAUUUUACCUUUCCUUUUGCAGGCCUUAAACUUAAACGAGAACUUAAACCUAAAAAGAGUAUCGCUAAAAAUUUGAUUUUUAUAUAGUGAACUUACCAACCCAGAGGUUCAUCAGCACUAAUCUAAUCUAAGCACAGGAGCUCCCCAUUUUGGACCUUCUGGGGGCUGCCUUCAGUCCAGCUAUACACUGUGUAUAUAUAUAUAUAUAUAUUUUUUUUUUUAUU